UCGCCUCCCAUUUCUUCCUCUCUCACCCCCAUCACUUUCAUCCACCCCAGGCCACGUCCAUCUUCUCUCCUGCAAAUCAUAUCAACUUGUCGCGGGCGCUCUGCCAUCAGGCACAUCCACAUCUCCAGUUCUUGCACGCUUUUUGAGACAUCAUCACCACCAUAGCACAAACAGCAAGCCAACCAUACUUACUGAGGUUCGCGGUCAACAGAUAUCGACAGCCCAUCUUCACACCCGUCAAGAUGAGGUCCUCCGCCGUUCUCCUUGGCGCCGCUGCCGGCCUCGUCGCUGCCCAAGCCGGAUUCCCUGAGGGUUUCCCCGCGUGUGGUAGCACCUGCAUUGGCAACAUGCUGGGCCUCGCUGGCUCUCUUGGCUGCGAAGCGACCAACGCCCAGUGCCUCUGCAACAACCAGGAUUUCGCGUACGGCAUUAGAGAUUGCUCGCGUCAGGCCUGUGGCGAUGAGCAAGUUGCAAACCAGGUCAUCGCCUACGGUGUCCAGUACUGCGCCAACGCCGGAGUCGCCGUCAUUGUCCCGGGUGCACCUGGUCCCUCCGGCACUGGCCCCGUGUCUACAACUCUCGAGGCUACCUCGCCUCCUACCAACACCCAAGGUGCCGUUGGAAUUAGCUCCACUGGCAGUGGCGAAGGUGUUGGUUCGUCCGCGUCCGGUCCUGGUGCUUCGUCCGCCUCUGGUGGUGCGGGUAGUGCUUCGACCCCAUCUGGCACGGGUGCCGUACCCAUUUCGACUGCUGCUGUCCUCGUCACUUCCACCAACUCUGACGGGUCGGUCGUGACCAGCACCAUUGGCUCAACCACCAUUUACUCGGAAGCUAGCGGUGGUGGCCUUGGUGGUCUUGUUCCCAUCUCGACCGCGACCAUUGUCUCAACCGGCACCGAUUCUGCUGGUUCGACUUUCGUGACCAGUGCUACUAGCACGAUCUUUUCGUCAUCCGCCGGUGCUGGUUCCGGUUCUCAAUCCGCGCCCGGCUCUGGCUCUGGCUCUGGCUCGGCUUCUGGCUCUGUGUCGACGAUUGUUACCAGCGUGAGCACAAACGUCCCCAUUACCACCACCAAUUCUCAGGGCAGCCCCGUCUCCACCAAUGUCCCUAGCACUGUCGCUACGACACGCACGACCACCGGCUCUCCUGGCCUUGCUGUCAAGCAGACUGCUGCCCCUGUCGGCCUUCUUGCUGCCGCCGGUGUUGCCGUUCUCAUGCUAUAAGCGCGUUGAUCCAGGUCCCUUGCCGCAUCU